CCUCGAUCUUGCAGAAGUCAUUUCGUGUCUUGCCGAAUAUGGCCCAAGUCGAGCUCCGAACGGUCAAGCCGAUCCGCGUCGCGAUGUUGCGUGCGAGCCUCGACUCCUUUCAUGACCAAAAAGGCGUCUGGGGCGAGCUCUUGACCUUUAUCUUUGGUCAAGGCCUCGCACCGCGCGGCCCUACGAUCGCAAAGUAUUUUUCGAUGGAGCCGAUCGAAUUGGCCGUGUGCUCGCCCUUGGAUCCGACAGAUCUCGUUGAAAGCCACGACCGCAUUGUCGUCGAGGACCUUGAGGAAGCGUUCAUGGCCGUCUACAAGCACAUCGGCGCCAUGUGCGACAUCACAGUCGCAUACGAAGCGCUCUUUCCGUGGCUUGCAGCCUCCGAGUACGAGCAAGCAGGCCCGAGCCGCGAAGUGUAUAUCAAGGUGCCGAUGCGCGCCGACGUCGAGAACGGCGAUUGGGACAACAUCAUUGUCGAAGUGCAGGUCCCCGUCAAGCGCAAGGCGACGUAAUAAACGAUGUCACCAAAUAAAGUUUCCGCGUUUGGAGUUGCUUUCCGUGCGACGACAAAAGUUUCUACCUCGA